UCUACAGUCCUGUCCUGAGUUUUAAACCACUCUGGACACACACUUUAACACACACACAAACCCAGAGCAGCUCGACGGCAUCUUCAUUUCACUGUUCCAGCAUGUCCUCCUACAUUGCUACAGACUUGGAGCUGGAACUGGGCGAGCUGCUUCAGGAGUUCCAGGACGUGGUGGAGGAGCUGAAGGCUCCGUCUCAAAGCAAACCGCACACUUACCAGCAGUUCCUGAAGGCCAAAGGUCGCUCGGGGCAGGGGGACGACAGCGGAGUUGAGGACUCUGAUUACAGCAGCGAGGCUUCUUUGGGAAACAGUUUGAACACCAGCGAGGAGGAGCUUCACACAGCAGGCAUCACGCUGGCACCGAAAGCCAAGCUGGGAGACACAAGGGAACUUGAGAGCUUUAUCGACAUGUUGGACCGGGAACUCACUGAGAUGUGAACAGAGAGCAAUAGUGAGCCACGCAGAGGGGGGAGGAACAGGCCGGGGGCGACGUGGCUGGCUACUGCCGAGCAGACAGGCAGAUCUUCACCAGAGCAGAUCCGAGGGAGCAAAUGCUCCCCUGGCUGCUCUGGGGGAAAAGGUUAACAUCAGAAAUUAAAAGGGCAAUCCAUUCCAAAAAAAAUGUGAGAACACCCUCAGACCCUCCGCAGUGCUGUGUCCAGCUGGCGAGAUGACGUCCCUGCAGCAUCAGAUCCGAUAUGUGUAACAUAUUCUCCAAACUAGACAAAGCUUUCAUCUGUCGGUGCAUCUGGAAAAACGCAUAGAAAGUAUGUACACGCCACAAUUGAAAUUCCUGAGGGCUAUGCAAGGGUCCUAAAUCCUCAGUGCCAUAUAUACCUAUUUUUAAAAGGAUGUUGAUCUUUGUUGUUCAGAAUCACAGAUGGCACUUUAGUACAACUAAUCACAAAUCCAUUGGGUUCAGAUCUGCUGUGUUACAUCAAAUGUCAUUUUUAUGCUGACCUUCUUUCCAGUGUACAGUUGUGAAUAUUUUUUUUAUAUAAAUUGUUGUAUAGAUCGAUGCAAAUAUAAAUAAAAUGACAUAUUGAU